AUUCCAUUAUUCAAAGUCGAUUCUCUUUUUCCAUUUGCCAUCCCCCACUCCUCCCCUUCUCCUCACCCGCUGUCUUAUUCUCGAAAAAACAGCAGACAGACACUGCCUGUCAAGCACAAUCCAAUACCGAGUAACGAAAACAAGCAACUUCAGUAAAUACCAGCAAACCGCUUUCCACAGGAUACCUUUCUUCAUUACAAGUCAACAUGGCUGGAGCUCUGAGCAACGCGAAAAAGAACCUCAUCAAGAUCUCGGACCACGAGAAUGAGCAGGACUUUGGAUAUGUCUAUGGUGUCUCUGGUCCAGUCGUCAUCGCCGAUAACAUGAACGGAGCCGCCAUGUACGAGCUCGUUCGCGUCGGUCACGACGAAUUGGUUGGAGAGGUCAUUCGUAUCGAGGGGCACAAGGCUACCAUCCAGGUCUACGAGGAAACCUCUGGUUUGACCGUUGGUGAUCCCGUUCUUCGUACUGGCAAGCCCCUGUCUGUCGAGUUGGGACCCGGUCUCAUGGGAAACAUUUACGAUGGUAUUCAGCGUCCCUUGAAGGCCAUUAGCGAUCAAUCGGAGAGUAUUUACAUUCCUCGCGGUAUCUCGACCGUAGCCUUGGACAGGAAGGUCUCCUGGGACUUUGUUCCUCAGAACUUCAAGGUCGGCGACCACAUUACUGGAGGCGAUGCUUAUGGUGCUGUCUACGAGAACAGCUUGGUGACAAACCACUUGAUCACCCUUCCUCCUCGCGCUCGCGGAACGAUCACUUACAUUGCCGAGAAGGGCUCGUACACCUUGGAGGAUAAGGUUCUGGAGAUCGAAUUCAAUGGCGAGAAGCAGGAGUUCACAAUGAUGCACAUGUGGCCAGUUCGUUCGCCUCGUCCCGUCGCCGAGAAGUUGGUCGCUGACUACCCACUUCUGACUGGUCAGCGUGUCUUGGACGCUCUCUUCCCUUGUGUUCAAGGCGGUACGACCGCCAUUCCCGGGGCUUUCGGAUGCGGCAAGACUGUGAUCUCCCAGUCCUUGUCCAAGUACUCAAACUCGGACAUUAUUAUCUAUGUCGGAUGCGGAGAGCGUGGAAAUGAAAUGGCUGAGGUCUUGAUGGAUUUCCCUCAACUGUCAAUCCAGGUCGGCGACCGUCAAGAGUCGAUCAUGAAGAGAACCACGCUUGUGGCUAACACCUCCAACAUGCCUGUCGCUGCUCGCGAGGCCUCGAUCUACACUGGUAUCACAUUGUCUGAAUACUUCCGUGACCAGGGCAAGAACGUUGCCAUGAUGGCCGAUUCUACCUCUCGUUGGGCUGAGGCGCUUCGUGAGAUUUCCGGUCGUCUCGCGGAGAUGCCCGCUGAUAGCGGUUAUCCCGCCUACUUGGGAGCUCGUCUAGCCUCAUUUUACGAGCGUGCUGGAAAGGUUGUCUGCUUGGGUAACCCUAGACGUGAGGGAUCUGUCUCGGUCGUCGGAGCUGUUUCGCCCCCAGGUGGAGAUUUCGCCGACCCUGUCACACAAUCGACUCUGGGUAUUGUGCAGGUCUUCUGGGGUCUGGAUAAGAAGUUGGCGCAGCGCAAGCAUUUCCCCUCGAUCAACUGGUCUUUGUCGUACUCCAAGUACACGAACGUGUUGGCACAGUUUUACGAAAAGGAGGAUCCGGAAUUUAUUACCCUCCGUAACAAGACGCGCGAGAUCUUGCAAGAGGAGCAGGAUUUGUCAGAGAUUGUGCAGUUGGUCGGAAAGUCUGCGUUGGCAGAGAAGGAUAAGAUUGUGCUGGAGGUUGCCAAGUUGCUGAACGACGAUUUCCUGCAGCAGAACGGAUACUCCAACUAUGACCGCUACUGUCCCUUCUACAAGACUGUGUGGAUGUUGCGCAACAUGCUGUUCUUCUAUGAUCAGGCUGUGCACACUGUCGAAUCAUCGCAGAACGUGACCUGGGCGAAGAUUAGGGAUUCACUCGGAGACUUGCUCUAUAAGCUGAGCUCCAUGAAGUUUGAAGAUCCCGACGAUGGAGAGCAGAUUUUGCGCGAGAAGUACUCGAACAUCUACAAAGAGAUCGAGGACAGGUUCAGGGCAUUCAUGGACUCGAACUAGACGGAUGAUAUUGGAGACGAAUGGUGGAGGGCUGCUUUUUUGUCAGAGGAUCUUUAUACAGGGCAGACGUUAGCAUGAGUUCUCCAAGCUGGGCGUUAUUUUCACAAUGAAUAAAAAAAAAGGGCGCGGUGUUGUAAUUA